CGCACCACCCGAACAGCCCAUGGUUCCUCUUUCCAUCCAAAGACUCUCCACAGGAGCUCGUGUCCGUCACCUAUCACGAGAUGGUACAGGCCAGCCACCGUGUUGCGCACAUCAUGCGACCCAACAGGGAGGGGCCGGAUGGAGAAGUCAUUGCCCUGCUUCUCCAUACCGACACGCUCCUUUAUGUUGCUGUCAUUCUUGGUCUCUUACGGGCUGGUUUUGUACCAUAUCCAAUGUCUCCUCGCAACUCGUCCCAGGGGGUGAUUCACAUGCUCGAGACUGUGUCGUGUACUCGCAUCCUUGGUCAAGCUUCGACUUCUGGAUUAGUGCAGCAGGUUGAGAAGGAGAUGCAAGCCAAGGGCAUCAAUCUUCGCGUCGACAAUAUGCCGGGUUUGCCGGAAGUGUUCCCUGGGCUGGCUGGGAAGGCCGGCUCGGCUUCCGCGGAGGCGGAGCCUUACCCUGCUUCGGACAAGCCUGUUGAACCGCGCUCUCCGUCGCUUUACAUCCAUUCCUCUGGCUCGACUGGCUACCCGAAAUCUGUGCACUUUGCCCAUCGUCGGACGGUCCAGUGGAUGGCUUCCAAUGUUUAUGGCAGUAACCGCGACGUGCGCUUUGGCGCAAUGGCACCGCCAACUUUUCACUCUAUGGGUCUGCUCUUGCAGCUGACCUAUCCUCUUGCGACGGGUCGGGAAGUCGUGAUCUACACCCCGCAGGAUCCUGCGCCGCCGGUUGUCCCCCAUCCGCAGAAUGUCUAUGAAGUUGCGAAGCUCGCAAAAUGUACAGCGCUGCUUGCAAUGCCAUCUUUCGUUGAGGCAUGGACGCUCUCUUUGGAUACAGAGAUCAUCGAGUACUUGAAGACACUUACCGUGCUGCUCUACGGUGGUGGCCCGCUUGCCCUCUCGACUGGAGACAAACUAGUCCGGGCAGGUGUGCCGCUGCGGAAUGGGUACGGUGGGACCGAGUUCGGAAACCCCGUGGUUCCAUGGGACAAGAUCCCGCGUACGAGUACCAGAACCGAUCCUGACUGGGCGUGGUUCCGCGUCCCAGUGGACGCGCCCCACAUUAAGUGGGAGAAUCAGGGCGACGGGACGUAUGAGCUGGUCAUCUACGAAAUCGAGGGUUAUGAUAUCGCCAUGUACAAUGUGCCUGGCGAAAAGGCAUAUGCGACUUCUGAUCUGUUUGAGCCACAUCCGACGAAGCCUGAUCUCUGGAAGAUUGUCGGCCGCAAGGACGAUGUGAUCACGUUGAGCACUGGCGAGAAGAUCGUUCCGAUCCCACAAGAGGCUUAUAUCACGUCGAGCCCCUUCGUCGGCGGCUGCAUGAUGUUCGGCCGCGAGCGUGAGCAGCCAGGCAUCCUCAUCGAGCCCCAUCCCGAGCACUCUAUCGAGCCUCACGACGAAGCGGCUCUCGUCGCAUUCCGCAACAAGAUUUGGACGUGGAUUGAAGAGGCCAACGCGCUGGUCCCUGGGUUUGCGAAGAUCUUCAAGGAGAUGAUCAUCGUUACCGACCCAGCCAAGCCGCUCCCGCGUGCGGCCAAGGGUACUAUCAUCCGCAAGCAGGUCUUGGCCGCUUAUUCCGAGAAAAUCGAGGAGCUCUAUGAGACAAUCUCCGCCAGCACGAAUAAUUAUGGUAUUGCGCCACCAAUAUCUUGGGAAGCAGCGCAUUUAGAGCCUUGGCUGGUCCGCCAAGCUGCAAGUCUUGUUUCGCAAGGACAGUCCAUAUCUCCUGCGUCUGAUAUCUUCCAACAGGGCUUCGACAGCCUCAGCGCAACUUUCUUCCGCAACCGCGUCAUCGGUGCCCUGCGCGCCUCCGAGAGCUCUAAUGUUCGCCAGGCCGUGCAGCAUAUCUCCUCAAACUUCGUCUUCGAGCACCCGACUAUCAAGCAGCUAGCUGCCGCGCUCGCGUCGUUCGUUGACCCGUCUGAUGGCGCAAGUGCCGCGACAUCGAAUACACGUACGCGCGCGGGCGAGGUUCGGGCCAUGAUCGAGAAGCACACGAACAAUCUGCCCACAGCGCGGGCGCAAGCACUCCGUCGCGGCGCGGCACCCGUCGUGCUUCUCACGGGAUCGACAGGCAACAUUGGCUCUCACAUCCUCGCGUACCUCCUCGCGGAACCGCGCAUCGCUCGUGUAUACACGCUCAAUCGGCCAUCGGCAGACCCUCGUGGACGUUUGGAAGCCGCGUUUCGCGAGCGUGGUCUGCCGGUGGAGGAGCUCGACGAUCCGCGGCUCAUGUCGCUCGUGGGGGACGUCACGCGCGACAACUUUGGGUUGGAUGACGCGCAAUAUCAGGAGGUCCUCGCAUCUGUGACUCAUGUCGUCCACAAUGCCUGGACGGUGAACUUCAACCUGGCGUUGCAGUCAUUCGAGGAUCAGGUCGCGGGUGUGUGUAAGCUAGUGAACAUCUCUGCAGGUGCAGAUCGCCCUGUGCGGCUGCUGGUGACGUCCUCCAUCGGCAUCGCAAACGCAUGGGACCCUGCGAAGGGCCCCGUUCCCGAGCAGCCUCUGCCCGACCCCGAAAUUGCCGCCAGCAUCGGGUACACCGCAUCGAAGUAUGUGGUCGAGCAUAUCUUGAGCGCCGCGCGGGAAAGGGGCAUCCCUGCCACCGCCAUGCGCAUGGGCCAGGCCUGCGGCCCAAGGGAGACGGGCGCAUGGGGAACGACAGAGUGGAUGCCGAUCAUGACGAAGUCGAGCGUUGCGCUGGGCUGUCUCCCUGCCAUGAGUGGCCCCGUCGCGUGGAUCCCUCUCGACGCCGUGGGCCAGGCGUACGUCGACUGGGUCCUGGAGGAGGAUGUGCUCCCUGCGCUCGUGAAUGUCGUCCACCCACGCCCGACGAAUUGGGACGUCGUCCUCCGCGGUCUGCGCCAAGAGCUCGGCGGCAACCUUCCCAUCGUCCCUGUGCAAGAGUGGGUGUCCAAGCUGGAAGAGCAUGCAAUGAAUCCGACGGCCGAGGACCUCGUCCGGAUCCCCGCGCUCAAGAUCAUGGACUUUUUCCAUUCCCUCGUCCGCCCAGCGCAGGGUGACACAGGCGCCAAUGCUAGCGGCGCAAAGGGUGUUGCCGACCUGGCGUAUGACACCUCCGAACUUGUGCGCUAUAGCCCAGCGAUGCGUGGCAUUCAGCCCAUGUCGGAGGAAUAUGCUCGCUCGUGGGUGCGCUACUGGAGGGCGAAGGGAUUUGUGGCAUAAUCCAGGAGGAAGGUAGAGUGACACGCGACGGUUAACGGUCAGCAUCAAUGAUCUUCCUUGGCGCAAGGUUAGAGCAAGUCUCGACGCACAAUUUAUGGUCGACUGAGUGUGGGAAAUACUCGUGCUAAUAUGUCUGUGGCAAAAUUUGUGACUUUUGUAGCCGGAAGUAAGAUGAUAAAGUAGUGUCAGCCGCC